AUGGGUGAAGUCUAUAGUCACUGGAAAAAGCUUCAGUUUGAUGAUGAUGUUAUGUUAAAGGAUGGUAAAACAGGGCACAAAGACGAAGACGAAGCUGUACUGAAGAAAUCGCCUCACACGAGUUUGAAGAUGAUGAACGGUCAAGUCAAGUAUUGUUUGAGGCCAAGUCAGGACAUUAAAGUUAGGUUAAGACUCCACCAUAGGGGUAGAUUUGUAACUGAACCUGUAAAGUUGUACGUUGGUGGGGUGGUAACUGAAAUGGACUGGAGGUGGGAUGUAGACUUUAUGUCUUACAUGGAUUUGGAGGCACUGAUUAAAAGCCAUGAUUAUGUGGAUAUAAAUAGUCUGUGGUAUAGAAAUCCUGUAUUAAGCUUUACUCGUGGUCUCAAGCCAUUAAACAAUGACAAUGAUGUGCUUCAGUUUACCCAAGAUGUUGUAGGACACGAAGUGAUUGAUGUUUAUGUUGACCACAAAGUGUCUUCACCCCCUGAGAUUGUUGAUCCAAGUGAAGUAUAUGUUGAUGAUGAUGUAGAGAUAAUUGGUGGGAAUGAUUUCAAUGAGAAGGAGAAAGAAUGUGAAGCUGAACAAGUCCACCCUGAAGGGAAUGAGAAGGAUUGUGAAGCUGAACAAGUCCACCCUGAAGGGAAUGAGAAGAAUGUGAUGAUGAGCUCAGUGAAGACAGUGAUCUUUGUGAGGAAAGUGAAGACUGUGAGGAGAUGGAUUGGACACAGAGAUGCAGUGAAAGAAUGUGGAAUGGACAACCAAAAAAACGUGUUCAUUAAGAAGAAUGAUGCUAAAAGAAUUGUAGUUAGGUGUAUGGGUGGCUGUAAGUAUUACCUGAGAUUUAGUAAGAGAAGUGGGCAGCAAUAUUGGCAGCCAUCUGGUCUUGUAGCUGUAGCACUUGAGAAAUGGGAAGUGAAGAUAUCUUGUGACCAAGCAUACAAGGCAAAAAGGAGGGCAAUGGAUCUACUACAAGGGGCUGGACUUGACCAAUUUAAUCACCUGAGGAGUUAUGCAGAGGAAUUGUUGAAGUCAAAUCCCAAUAGUACUGUGGUCAUAAAGCCACUGGUAGGCUUAGAUGCUUGCUUUUUAAAGGGGGAAACUGGUGGCCAGUUGAUGUCAGCUGUUGGCAGAGAUGCUAACAACCAAAUAUAUCCAAUAGCUUAUGCAGUGGUUGAGGCAGAGACCAAAGAUUCAUGGGAGUGGUUCUUGCAUCUACUUAUUGAAGACCUAGGUGCAUUGAACCAAAAAGCAUAUGGUUUCAUAUCUGAUCAACAGAAGGGGUUGGUUCCUGCUAUACAAGGAUUGAGUGAGCAUGUGGAGCAGAGGCUUUGUGUAAAACACCUAUAUGGUAAUUGGAAGAAAAAACAUUCAGGUUUAGAGCUCAAGGAGGUGAUGUGGGCAACAGCUAGAGCAACUACAGUACCACAAUUGGAAAGAUCAAUGGAGAAAAUGAAAUUGCUGGAUGAAGGUGCCUGGAAGGAUAUGAUGAACACUCUUGCAAAAUUCUGGACAAGAGCACACUUCAGAACUGAUACAAAAUGUGAUAUGCAGGUUAACAACAUGUGUGAGGCCUUUAACAUAGCAGUUUUAGAGCAUAGAGACAAGCCUAUCAUCACAUUGUUGGAGGGGAUCAAACACUACAUCACUAAGAGGAUAACCAAGCAAAAAGAGUUACUACAAAAUUAUGAAGGUGCAAUAUGUCCAAGGAUCCAGAUGCUUAUUGAGAAGAAUAAAAAACAGGCCCAAGGGUGGAGUCCAACUUGGCAUGGGGAUAAUGACCUCUCUAUCUUUGGAGUGAAUAAUGGAGUGGAAACAUAUUGUGUCAAUCUAAAGAAGGAAACCUGUAGCUGCAGAAAAUGGGAUUUGACAGGAAUACCUUGUUGCCAUGUAAUCUCAUGCAUUUGGAACAUCAAAAAACAACCUGAAAAUUAUGUGUCUGACUUCUAUAGUAAAUCAACUUUUGAGAAGAUAUAUGCUAAUAUUGUGCUGCCCACCAAUGGUCCACAACUAUGGCCAAUUGUUGAUCAUGUGCCCAUAUGCCCUCCUGUGAUGAGAAGAGCAAUUUGGAGACCUAAGAAGAUGAGGAACAAGGCAACUGAUGAAUAA